GGUUAGCAACUCCCCGCCUCGCAACAGGAGUCUAAAACUCUUAGACAAAUGUUAAUUCACUUUCAUUCACAUCUGACCUAAACAGGCUUAAAGAAUUUCCUAUUUAAAAGAGUAAAAAGAUUUUUUUUUUUUUUGAGACAGAAGUUUUACUUUAUCAUUAUUUUCUGUUUUGCUUUCAGCAAUUCUUAGAGCUGCUGAAAAGCAUGACUUCCUCUUCUGUUGUUGAUAAACCUCCGGUAAGACGGGUUGCUAUCUUCGGGGGAACUCAUGGCAAUGAGUUAUCAGGGGUACUUUUGGUCAAGCACUGGCAAGAGAAUGGAGCUGAGAUUCAAAGAACAGGAAUGGAAGUGAAACCAUUUCUUACCAACCCAAGAGCUGUGAAGAAGUGUACUAGAUACAUUGACUGUGAUCUGAACCGUGUUUUUGACCCUGAUAAUCUUGGCAGGCCAGUGGUGGAAGAUAUUCCAUAUGAAGUGAGAAGGGCUCAGGAAAUCAAUCAUAUAUUUGGUCCAAAAGGUAGUGAUGAUGCGUGUGACCUUAUUUUUGACCUUCACAACACCACUUCUAACAUGGGUGGUACCCUUAUUCUUGAAAACUCCAGGGAUGACUUUACAAUUCAAAUGUUUCAUUAUAUCAAGAACACUUUGGCUCCAGAACGCUGUCCUGUUUUGCUGAUUGAACAUCCUAGCUUGAAAUAUGCAACAACUCGCUCCGUAGCAAAACAUCCUGUUGGUGUGGAGGUGGGUCCCCAGCCACAAGGCGUUGUUAGAGCUGAUACUUUGGACAAAAUGAGGAAGAUUGUCAAACAUGGCCUUGAUUUUGUACAACUUUUUAAUGAAGGAAAGGAAUUUCCACCAUGUACAAUUGAGGUUUUUAAAAUAAUGGAGAAAGUAGAUUAUCCCAGGAAUAAGAAUGAUGAAGUUAUUGCUAUUAUUCACCCUAAACUGCAGGAUCAAGACUGGCAGCCACUGAACAAUGGUGAUCCUCUAUUUUUGACUCUUGAUGGAGAAGUAAUUGCAUAUAAAGGGGACUGCACAGUCUACCCAACAUUUAUUAACGAAGCUGCGUAUUAUGAAAAGAAACAAGCUUUUGUAAAAACAGUAAAAAUGAAACUCACUGCAAAACACAUCAGAGCCUCAGUCUUAGACGAGAACACUUCUUAAAAGCUUAGUACAGAUCUUCAAUACAAGAAGUGGAUUUCUUCUCUGAAAUCCAGUGUCAUUCAGUAGUAAUUCAUGGAAUAAAUAAAUGCAGAAUCUAAUUUUAAAUUUUAAUUUAAUUAACAUUGCUGAGCACUUUUAAGAGGAAACAUACUAUCAUCAUGCUAAUUAUGAUUGUUUACUUGUUCUAAUACAUUACUAUAGAUGCAAAGAAUAAAUACUAUUUUUAUGAAGUUUGUUAGUUCACGCUAUAUAAAACGAUUAAACAAUGUACCGCAUACGGGUUAGUGGCUAUAAAACUUAUAACCAGCGUCAUAUAGAAAGAUGCUCAUCCACAAAACUACAGCGUAUACAAAAAUUACAGCAUUUCUACUUUAUAACCCCAAACCUCCAAUAACCAACACUUGUUUAAGUGAGGUGGUCCUUGAAACUAAUUCCUCGGAUAAACAUACAAAAUACGAGACAAAGGAAAAGCUAGGGAGAGAGAGACAGAGGGUAUGUAUAUUAAAAUUCUUUUGUAUUAUCUGCAUUUGUGACUAACCCCUACUGCGCUGAAGUGGAAGCCUUAGGGUUUGUUUUGUUUUUACACUUAUGAAGAUAUAAAAUAAGCUAAAAACAUACGAUUUCUGAGAAAAAACACACUAAAGUGAAAUGUAAAGCUUUUUUAAAUUUAAAGUACUACAAGAUUAAUUUAAGCUGUUUCUGAUUUAACAGUAAUUCAAAGACAAAGUUUGAAUUUAGAAAGUAUCUAGUAGUCAGAAGCAUACUGGAGCAAUAUUCAAAUUCAGGAAAAAGAUGUGCUUAUCCCAUGGAAACUUCUGAAGAAAGUUUCUGUUGCAAUGGAGACAAGAGAAGUUUAUAGCUUUAUAACUUUCUAGGUGUGUCCACCUACUGCUUAUAACAUUUUCCAAAUAAAAUCUAAAUCAGCUGUUGUACCCCCAAAGUUUUCGAUGAAGGCAAGAUUAGGUAAUUACUCAGGUUUUGAUGAAGAGCAAUGCACAAACCAUACCUGAGUAUUUCAGAAUGGAAAUUAAGAAGAAUUCCAUAUGGGGAGACUUCUCAGAAUUUUGAGACACUUGUUCUGUAUUUGUAGAGAGAAAGCCUGUCAUAGUAGCUGAAAAAGAGAAGAAACUGGGAUUUAAUGAAUUUUCUGAAGUUGUUUUUCACAUCUUGGACAAUAAUUGGGGAUAGAGAAAACAUUAAGAACUUUGCAUAAGGAUACAAUAAUUAGCUAUUUACUGAAAGAUGCAUUGUCUGGAUAACCCCCAAAUUAUAUCUUUUGAAAAGCGAUGUCUUCCUCAUUUACUACUCAGCCAAAAUCCUUUUUUCCUUGCUUUGUGUAACUCCUAUGGCAAUAAAAUAAACACACAGGAC